AUGACCCUCAUGAAGAGCAUCAACGCCCCCCUCAAGAUCAUGAUAGCAGGGAACCACGACUGGACGCUCGACACCCCCAUCUUCAAGUCCAAAAUCGCAGAGAUCCCCCCGCCCGUCGACAUGGCCCUCGUCCACGCAGAAUACGGCACCUUCAACCAGGCCCGCGACCUCCUCCUCUCCUUCUCCGCCACCGACAUCACCUUCCUCCAGCACCAAGGCACGCACCGCCUCGCCCUGCCCAACGGCGCCCGCCUCACCCUCUACGCCAGCCCCUUCACGCCGUCCACCGAGGACUGGGCGUUCCAAUACGACCCGCGCGAGGAGGCGUCACGCCAGUGGGAUGUCAGCGACGACGUGGACGUCGUCGUCACCCACGGCCCACCGCACGGCGUGCUGGACCGCACCGCCGGCGGGGAGCGGAUCGGCAGCGCCGGGCUCUUCGCGGCGGUACGACGGGCCAAGCCGCGCUUGCACUGCUUCGGGCACGUACAUCGGGGCUGGGGCGCGAAGCUCGUGCGCUGGCGGCGCAGCGAGGAGGCCGCGUUGGCUGAUGGCUUGGCGGCGGGCGAGGGACCUGGACCUUUUGCUGCGGCAUCCCAUUUUGCGGAUAUCGAUCAUGAAAAGAGCGUUGCUGUGGAAAGCCUGGCGGGCUUGACGCCGGGCAGGUUUGACGGGGCCGAUGUCAUUGCUGAGAAGAGGCGGACGAUGGAGGAGGGGCUGCGGAGGGGAUACUUUACCACAUCGCACUGCGCCGACGACGAGCGCCCGUUGGUCCCCGGAGAAGAUACACUGUUUGUGAAUGCUGCUAUCAAGGGAGAUGGCGAGCAUCCGCAGCACUUGCCGUGGAUCGUCGACAUUGAGCUUCCCAAGGCUUCAUGA